UCUUUUUCUUCUCAUCUUUAAACAUCUCUUUUCGACAUGUGUGGAAUCUUUGGUUAUUGCAAUUUCCUUUGCGAACGUUCUCGCCGUGAAGUCACCGAAACUCUCUUGAACGGUCUUUCUCGUUUAGAAUACAGAGGCUACGAUUCAGCCGGUAUUGCUGUUGACGGUGACAAUGAAGAUGCCGUUAUCAUUAAGCAAGUUGGUAAAGUCGCUGCUUUAAGAAAGCUGGUUGACGAACAACCCUUCGACUUUGAUAAGCCAUUCAUUAGCCAUUGUGGCAUGGCUCAUACUCGUUGGGCUACUCACGGUCAACCUUCACAAAUCAACUCUCACCCUCAACGCUCCGAUUCCACUAAUGAAUUCACUAUUGUACACAAUGGUAUCAUUACCAACUAUAAGGAAAUCAAGCUUUUGCUUGAAAAGAAGGGCUAUGUCUUUGAAAGCGAUACCGAUACUGAAUGUGUUGUCAAGUUGACCAAGUACAUCUUUGAUUCUCACAACAAGGACUUGAGCUUCACUGAUCUCGUCAAAGCCGUCGUCAAGGAAUUGGAAGGUUCCUAUGCCUUCAUCUUCAAGAGCAAGUACUUCCCUAAUGAAGUUGUUUCUACCCGUCGUGGUUCCCCUCUCUUGAUCGGUGUCAAGACCGCCAAGAAACUCAAGGUUGACUUUGUUGAUGUCGAAUUUGGCCCCAACCCCGUUGGCAACGAUGCUAAUUUCUCCGCCGUUGAAGGUCAAGACAUGUCUCGCCCUGCUUUGAACCGCUCUCAAUCCAGAGCUUUCUUGAGCGAAGAUGGUUUGCCUCAACCUAUCGAAUACUUCUUGGCUUCUGAUGCCUCUGCCAUUGUUGAACACACCAAGCGUGUCUUAUACUUGGAAGAUGAUGAUAUUGCCCACAUUGCUGAUGGUGAACUCCACAUCCACCGUGUCCGCCGUUCAAAGGAAGACAACACACCUGCCACUCGUUCUAUUCAAACCUUGGAAAUUGAAUUAGCUGAGAUCAUGAAGGGUUCUUUUGAUCACUUUAUGCAAAAGGAAAUUUAUGAACAACCUGAAUCUGUUGUCAACACUAUGCGUGGUCGUGUGAACUUUGAAAACCAUGAAGUUACUUUGGGCGGUCUUCGUGGCUACACUCAUGUCAUCCGUCGCGCUCGUCGUAUCAUGUUCAUUGCUUGUGGUACCUCUUAUCACUCUUGCUUGGCCACUCGUAACAUUUUCGAAGAACUCUGUGAAAUCAGCACCCAAGCUGAACUCGCCUCUGACUUCUUGGACAGAGCUUCUCCCAUCUUCCGUGACGAUGUCUGUGUCUUCGUUUCUCAAUCUGGUGAAACUGCCGAUACUAUCUUGGCUAUGCGUUACUGUUUAGAACGUGGUGCUCUCUGUGUUGGUAUCACUAACACUGUUGGUUCCUCCAUCUCUCGUGAAACUCACUGUGGUGUCCAUAUCAACGCUGGUCCCGAAAUUGGUGUUGCUUCCACUAAGGCUUACACUUCUCAAUACAUUGCCUUGGUUAUGAUGGCUCUUCAAUUGUCUGCCGACAGAACCUCCACACAAAAGAGACGUGAAGAAAUCAUUGAUGGUCUUUACCGCUUACCCGGUCACAUCAAGGAAGUCUUGGCCAUUGAUAACAAGCUUCAAAAGCUCGCUGUUGAUACCUUGUCUCAAGAAAAGAGUUUGUUGAUUUUGGGUCGUGGUUAUCAAAAUGCCACUUGUCUUGAAGGUGCUUUGAAGAUCAAGGAAAUCUCAUACAUUCACAGUGAAGGCAUCUUCUCUGGUGAACUUAAGCACGGUCCUUUGGCUCUUAUUGAUGAACAUAUGCCCGUUAUCUUGAUCAUGACUCAAGACAGCCUUUACCCCAAGGUUCAAUCUGCCCUUCAACAGGUCACUGCUCGUAAGGGUAACCCCAUCAUCAUUUGCAAUGCUGGUGACCAAAACUUGGCCAACACUACAUACAAGACUAUUGAAGUUCCCAAGACUGCUGACUGCUUACAAGGCUUGCUCAACAUCAUUCCUCUUCAAUUGCUCUCUUAUCACCUUGCUAUCUUGAAGGGUGUUGAUGUUGACUUCCCUAGAAACCUUGCCAAGUCCGUCACUGUCGAGUAAACAAGUCAUUUACAAGUUUUUUCACUUCAUCUUCAGCAAUCUUUUUUUUUUUUACCCUUUCAAGAUUCAUCUUUCCGUUUUUCUCUUACACAUCUCAACUGAAAAAAAUUAGAGCUUUGCUUUUUUUACUCAUUCGAGCAAUUCACAUUUUUUGUUACAAUUUGUAUAUUCCCCC